AUGACUUUCCGUGUCAUGACCCAUGAAGUUUAUGGUUUUGGUUGGAUAGGUUUCGCAAAAGCGAGGCUCAAUGAAACAAACUUCCUUGAUUGGGAAAGGAAUCUGAGAAUUAUUCUCAGGUCUGAGGGACGUGAGGACAUCCUAACUACCCCUAUCCCUACUGUGACCGGAACCUCAUCAGAUGAGGAGAAGGCAACAUCAACUCGGGUGAAAACUGAAGCAUUACCUGUUACUUGCCUCAUGCUAGCUGCAAUGGAGCCUGAAUUGCAAAAGAGGUUUUUGCAUUCUGAUACUUAUACUAUCAUAACUGAACUAAAAACGCUGUUUCAGGAUCAGGCAAGGAUAGAACGAUAUGAGACUCAUAAGGUUAUACUUUAUAGCAAGCUUGUGAAGGGAAAACCAGUGAGUCCUCAUGUAAUUAGCCUGACUGGGCUUUUCAAGAGGAUGGAAAAUCUGGGGACCCCAUAUGACCAAGAGUUGGCCACUGAUAUUGUUCUUAGAUCCUUACAUGAUGGUUUUGCACCAUUUAGAAUGUAA